GCCCUCAUCGCACUAAAGCCAUGAUCUGGGACCAAGCGCCGGUUAAGGCUGAUGAAGCUCCGCUGCUUCAGGGGUGCGCACUCGCAACAUUCGCUCGAAGCGUCGAUAUAGCUCAGCAAGGUUGCCAAUUCAAGCUACGAGGCGAUACGAACGCACUACAUGACUCUCCGCGGACCUUUGCUGUCCACCGCAACUUCUCCCUACUCGCCCUCGCAUCGAUGCAGUCCAUGCAGUCGCACAUUCACGAUGACACAGGGUGCUCGCUCUGAACCUCCCGCUGCAAAGUCCGCCGAGCUAGCCGCCAUCGAAGACAUAAUCAAUUCACGACAAGAAGAUAUCAUCCUCGCCAUCAACAACCACCAGUUCGAUGUGUCCAAACCUCCCUGGUCAUCAUGGGCUUCGCCGGCUUUCCAUGUGGACGUUCACCUUUCCGGCCCGAGCAGAUUCGAUAGCUUGGAAGAAUACGUCAAUUGGUGGAAAGGAGUGAAAUCCGCCUUUGCAGACCAUGCGCAAGCAACCUUGAUAGAAUCACAGACCAGCGUCAAAGGCGACUUCGCAACAAAUUUUGCCUUCUACGAAUUGCGUGGGCCUGCCCACCCUCCCCAUGACAGAGAAAUCGUGCGGCAGUUUGUGAGCAAGUCAGUAUGGUGGCGCAACAAGAACGGGGACUGGCUCUUCGAAGCUUAUGGCACCGUCGAGGGCAUCGAUUUGACGAGGUUGUGAGACCACGGCACACCGGAUAAACUUCAGGAUAAGGAGAUCCAGACGGCGUGCUCCCUGUAUUCUGCUUCGGAU